AUGGCUACAGCAGUUACAACUACAGCAGCUGCUAUUCUUCCCUCAAUCCAAGUCAAAGUCAAUUACAGUGACUGUAAAGAGAUUAUUCGUGAUUUUAUUCAAAAUUUUAAAGAUACAACUAUUGAUAUUGACGAAUUGGAAACCAAUGACGAAGAUGAAACCCCCCACCAUCAAGGUAAAUACAUGAACAUUUUACAAAAAGUGGCUAAUCGAGAAACAACCACCAUCUAUAUCGAAUUUGAUGACUUGAAGAAAUUUUUACAAAAUUUUGAUGCUGAAUCUACUUCCAUUUAUCAAGAACUGAGACAUUUAUUCAAUACUAUAAUGAUUAACACUCAUCGAUUUUUGGAAAUUUUUAGUGAUGUGAUUGACCAAUUGAUGCCAGAACCAACAAGAGAUGUCUCCUAUCAAGACGAUGUAUUGGAUGUCAUUUUGAGUCAAAGACGAAUUAGAAAUCAACGAGUUGAACAAGAAGCUUUGGAUGAAUUAAAUCAGUUGAGAGAUGGUAUUUCACAACCUACUGAUCAGGAAAACAUUGCUAACCCGACUGAACCAAAUUUGUUCCCAGCAAGAUUGACGAGAAGAUAUUGUUUGUAUUUUAAGCCAUUGGCUUUGGACCAAGAUAAAUCAUUGUCAGUUAGACAAGUUAAAGGUAAACAUGUUGGUCAUUACAUCACAUUGAGAGGUAUUGUCACCAGGGUUAGUGAUGUGAAACCAAAUGUGUUGGUGGUUGCUUACACUUGUGAUAAAUGUGGGUAUGAAAUUUUUCAAGAAGUUAAUUCAAGAGUAUUUACACUAUUGUCAACUUGUAAUUCACCUAUCUGUUCAGCUGAUAAUGUCAAGGGACAUUUAUUCAUGUCAACCCGUGCCUCCAAAUUCUCCAGUUUUCAAGAAGUUAAAAUCCAAGAAAUGUCAAAUCAAGUACCAGUCGGACAUAUCCCUAGGACAAUGUCAAUUCAUGUUAAUGGUGAUUUGGUAAGAUCAAUGAAUCCUGGUGAUACCGUUGAUGUAUCAGGUAUAUUUAUGCCAUUGCCAUACACUGGUUUCAGAGCAUUGAAAGCUGGGUUGUUGACUGAAACUUAUCUUGAAGGACAAUAUGUUAGACAGCAUAAGAAACAAUAUGAGUUGAUGCAUUUAAAUGAUUCAACUGACGCAAGAUUGAUGCAAUUGAGAUAUGGAUCGGCAAACGUAUAUGACAGAUUAGCUAAAUCAAUUGCUCCCGAGAUUUAUGGUCACUUAGAUAUUAAAAAGAUCUUGUUGCUUCUACUUUGUGGUGGUGUCACUAAGGAAAUUGGUGAUGGGUUGAAGAUUAGAGGUGACAUCAAUGUAUGUCUUAUGGGAGACCCGGGUGUUGCCAAAUCACAAUUGUUGAAAGCAAUUAACAAAAUUGCACCUAGAUCAGUUUACACCACUGGUAGGGGUUCAUCGGGAGUUGGUUUGACUGCUGCUGUCUUAAGAGAUCCAGUUACAGACGAAAUGAUUUUGGAAGGUGGUGCUCUUGUCUUGGCCGACAAUGGUAUUUGUUGUAUUGAUGAGUUUGAUAAGAUGGAUGAAACUGAUCGUACGGCAAUUCAUGAAGUUAUGGAACAACAAACAAUUUCCAUUUCUAAAGCUGGUAUAACAACAACCUUGAAUGCUAGGACGUCAAUUUUGGCAGCAGCUAAUCCAUUGUAUGGAAGGUAUAAUACCAAACUAUCACCCCAUGAAAACAUUAAUUUACCGGCAGCACUUUUAUCAAGAUUUGAUAUCAUGUUCUUAAUCUUGGAUCAACCAAAUAGGGAAAAUGAUGAAAUGUUGGCUCGCCAUGUGACCUAUGUUCAUAUGCAUAAUAAACAACCAGAUUUAGUUGAAGAUGUUACAAUAGAUAAUACCAAUGUGGAGGAAGAAUUGACCCCAAUAGAUUCAAAGACAAUAAGAGAAUAUAUUUCAAAAGCCAAGACCUAUCGUCCUGUUGUUCCAAAGGAAGUGGGGGACUAUGUUGUUCAAUCGUAUAUCACUAUGAGAAAAGAAUCAUACCGUAAUGAAGGUUCCAUCAAAAAAUUCAGUCACAUAACACCAAGGACAUUGUUGGGUAUAUUACGUUUAUCACAAGCAUUGGCAAGGUUGAGAUUUGAAGAGACUGUCACCAUGGAAGAUGUCGAUGAAGCAUUGAGAUUGAUUGAAGUUAGUAAAAGCUCAUUAUAUGCUGAUGAUGAAGCAGCGAAUGGGUUAUCCAGGGAAGAUGAAUCAACAACUUCCAAGAUUUUCCAAAUUAUUCGAUCAAUGGCCAUUGAUGAUCGUGAUGGACUGUUGAAACGUAAUUUGUCGAUGCAAGAUAUCAAAGACAGAGUUAUUGGUAAAGGGUUCACUAUACAACAAUUGGAAGAUUGUAUGUUUGAAUACGAUGGUGUUGGAUUAUGGCAAAUUAUUGAUAAUGGAGAAACAUUGAUGUUCACCAAUGCCGCUGGUGAUGGGGAUGAUGAUGACGAUGACGAUAUGAGGGAUUAA